UUGCCCUCUGAAUUAGCAACACUUCCAUGUUUGCAAGUCCGAGUAUGUGAUAUGAUCGAACUGGUCGAUUUUCUGAUUUGACGCACGGGAUUUUAUGAGCAUAAUGAUGGAAUAGACAGUGAAGCUAGAGAGUGUCACUCAUCGACGACAAAGAGCAGUGUUGUUGUGGUUUUCCACUUUCAACCAGACUAUGUUGUUGUUGACGUGAUUUGAGAUCGCAAGCCACGACUGCUAUGUCCGUCGCCCCUCAGCGCAUGUGGAAGAGUGACGGAAACAGUGAACAAAUGUCGUCCUUCAGUUUGUGAUAUUCACGCUUGGUAGAAGUGCAGUAACCGGUAGCAAUGGCUGAUGAACUGUUUGGUAAACAACUUCCUGUGGUGUGGAAAUCGCCUGACAGAGAGGAUAGGAAGGUAAAAAUCUUCUUGAAGAUGGAAGUCCAAACUGUUACAACGCCUCUGCAUAGAAAGGAGCUGGUUGUACGCCUGACAGAUGACCAGGAUCUGUUUUUCCUCUACACCCUGAGAUUGAGCGAGGAGGAUUUCCAAAGCUUAAAAACACAGCAAGGGUUGCUGGUGGAUUUUGGAUCAUUCCCACAGAAAUUUAUUGACCUGUUAAACAUGUGUAUCCAAGAAGAACACAGAGAAGUACCAAAGUUCAUUUUACACCUGGUGUCACAGAGUUCACUGGCUGGAGAAACAACGGCAGCCACUCUAAAUGUGAUAGAAACAAAUCCUUUCAAACAUCUCACCCACCUGUCCCUCAAGUUUCUCCCAGGGAAAGAUUCAGACAUCAAGAAAUACCUGGCCGAUUGCCUGAAACAAAUGCAGGACAGAAAUUCCCUUCUGCAGCAUAAGUAUGAGCACACAGAUGCUGAUCUUAACCAGAGGCUCAGACAGACCCAAGAGAUGCUAUCUCAGAAGUCUUCGGAGUUGGAAAGCCUGAAGACCGAAUGGACGGCUAAGCUCACUGAACUGACGGCCAAACACAAACAGGAGCUGACUGAGGAAAGGGAGCGAACUCUGGAGACACAGCGCAGCUAUCAGAGCCGGCAUGAACGAGAGAGGAAGGAGCUGGAACAGGCUCAUAUGAAGAUUGUGAAACAGCUGGAAGGUCGGCUGUACGAGCUGGAAGGUUCCAGUAAGGAUUUAACAGAUCGGAAAUACAAAUCUGAGGCAAACAUUCGUGAACUGAAGUCUAAGCUGGGGUCACUGGAGGAGGAGCAUCAGCGAGCCAAGCAGGAGAUCCAGACGCUGCGCAAACAGAAUGCUGCGCUCGACGGGGAGUACCACGAGCAGGAGAAGAUCAUCAACCAGCAGAGGAUGAGGGUCGCUGUCCUGGAACAAGAGGUCAAGGACAAGGAGCAGGUUAUAGCAAGGUCAUCUGAUUUACUGGGCUCAGAGCAAGGCCAGAAGAGGAAGUAUGAAGAGGACCUUGAAGCCAAGCAGAAAGAGAUAGGUCGUCUGGAGAGCAAGGUCAAGGCCAUGUCAGAGGAACUGUUGAAGGGAAAUGAGAUUAUAAAGAAAUUGCAGGGAGAAAUCAAGAACUAUCACACUAAGAUCAAGCUGAGGAAUCAAAUUGCAACAGAGCAAGAGAAGCUUCUGAAGGAGAAAGAUCAAGAACUGGAAACACUUCGUAAGGACCUGUCCGAAACUAAGGAAACCCUGAAGAAGAAAACGGAUGAGAGUGAAAAGCUUAGCACAGACUUAAGAAAUACAAUGGAAAAAUUGGAAGAGAGCAGACAGCUACUGAAAACUAAUGAAAAUGUUAUCCAAUGGUUGAAUAAGCAGAUCAAUGACACACAGAUUACACACAGGCAGACGGGAACAUUCGAGAUGCCGGCUGUCAACAACUUCAGGCAUACAUCAGGAAUGCACAAUUACAGUGUGUCCAGCUAUGGCUCUGUGCGAACCUCAGUCCCCUCUGAGGGGCCCGGUGGGGGACACUACCCUGGCGCAAUACAGCACCCUUACCACCCCCCUCCUAACAGACAUGCUCAAGUGCAAUAUAAUCCAGGUCAGCCCAAGAAGAGUGCUCUGCCCUUGGCAACAGGGCACAAAAUAUCGCCAGUGCCAUCUAUACCAGAGGAGAUACGCCCCAACAGUUCCCCAUCCUCCAACUCCACCAGCACGGAUAAAGAAAAGUACAUUGACCCACCGGUGAUUGACCCCAAGUUUUUGCAUAGGAGAGAGGGAGCCAUACCUGUGAGGGGCCUGGUUAGUCGCAGUGCUUCCCCACCCACCAUCCACACAGCCUCUCUCCCCGCCCACACCUCAAACAGACUUAGUCAGCAGGCAGUUGUCCCCAAAACACUGUCCAAACCCUCCUCUCAGCCACCUCUAGCCUCAGCGUAUUUUCCCAAACAGACUCGUCCUUCGUAAAUUGUGACGCACUCAGGUGUUUGAACAAAUUGUCCUCAAGGCUUUUAUCAUUGACUCUGCUGUAAAUCGUCCUGAUUUGCUAAACAAACUCGUGCUUCGUGAUUUGUGAUAACACUUAGGUGUCCGAACAAAGUGUAGUCAAUGCAGAGACAUCAUGGUGACUCCUUCCUAUUUCCCAAAUGUCUACCUCUCCCCGAGUUGCUACACAAUAAAUAAAUGAAGUGUUAUCAAGACUUCAUCAGCGACACCACUGUGAAGCACCCUGGUUCGCCAAACAGACUCAUCGUUCUUGAGUUGUGAAACAGCUGAUGAUGUGAGUUGUUUGAACAAUGUCCUCAAGGCUUUAACGAAGACUACGCGGUGACUCCUUCCUACUUUCCCAAAAAAUCACCUCUUCCCGAAUUGAGACACAAUCAGGUGUCUGAACAAGGUAUUGUCAUGACUUCGACAAGGACAUCAUCAUCACACUUCUUCCUGCUUCUGUAAAGAUUCGUGUCUCUUGAGUUGUGAUACACUCAACAAAGUGUCCUGAAAACUUCAAUAGCAUUGUAAAUCGUCCUGACUUGCCAGAUGUGAAAGAUGUGUCAGUUGUUUGAACAAAGUGUCUUCAAGACUUCAACAGAGACAUCAAUGUUACUCAUUGUGCUUACCAAACAGAGGUCUGACAGCAACCUGUGGAUGGUCGUGGGUUCUUCCCGGGCUCUGCCCGGUUUCCUCACACUAUAAUGCUGGCUGCCGUCAGAUACGUGAAAUAUUCUUAAGUGCAGCGUAAAACGCCAAUCAACUAAAUACAUAAAUACCAGAACGGACCUGCCCUUAGGGCAUAGUGAGUCAGCCCAUGGUGUCAGUCAUUUGAGGAAAGUUGCUUCGCCAGAAACUUCAGUGUGGCACAGCCUGUUUGCCUAUAACAGACCUGCUCUUCAGGAGUAAUGAGUUUUCCCAUCUCGUCAGGAGUAAUGAGUUCUCCCGUCCCAUCAGGAGUGAUGAGUUCUCCCGUUUCGUCAGGAGUAAUGAGCUCUCCCAUCCCAUCAGGAGUAAUGAGCUCUCCCAUCCCAUCAGGAGUAAUGAGUUCUCCCAUCCCAUCAGGAGUAAUGAGUUCUCCCAUCC